AUACUACAGCUUCUCUGGCUUCAACAUCAUCACAUCAGUCUGGAUCUUCAGAAACCAUGCAGCACUUCAGCACCAUGAUGUUGCUCACAGCAGUCUGCUUGUUAAUGGCUUCAGGUGUUUCUGCAGAAACUGUAGUCACCUGUCAAAGCUUAAGAGUCCACACGCUGGAAUGUAGAGAUAAUAAAGUGAUCACCGUGCAGUCCUCCUUCUAUGGGCGUCGAGACAGAACCACUUGCAGUCAAGGGCAAUAUCCCUGGGCGCUCGCGAGCACAACGUGCUAUCGAGACAUGCUUGAUUUGAUCAAAGAAAGAUGUGAGUUUGAACAGAGGUGUGAUGUUCCGAUGGCUGACAUUACCAGCGUAAAUCCGUGCUUUGGGAUCUUCAAAUAUAUAAAGACAGAAUUCACCUGUAUAGCACCACAGACCGUUGUUGCAUGUGAAAGAAGGACGGCCAAGCUGACCUGCCCUAGUGGAAAAACUAUCAAGGUCUUGAGUGCUUACUAUGGACGCCGUGACAGCAGUGUCUGCACUCUCAACUGCCCCUUGGUCCAGACUCAGAAUGAGGACUGUGAAAACCCCACUGACCUAGUUGCUCAACAAUGUGACGGAACAUCCAGCUGCACCAUCAAAGCAAGCAACUCUGUGUUUGGGGAUCCCUGUCCGGGCACAUACAAGUAUCUGGAGGCCUCCUACAUUUGUGUUUAAACACUAAUUCAACUGAGUGACAGUGACGUGGAGGUAAAACAAACAAAUAAACAAAGAAACAAAUGCAUCCACAGAAUGAUAACACCUUUUAUUCUGUUUUGCAGAUCCUGUUGUUGCUCCAGAUAUUUCAAGAAGAAAUUCAUUUUCUUUGAAAUUUCAAUCAUUUAUCAUGUUAAAUUUAAGAAGUGAGAAUGAAAUGAAAUCAACAAAAAAAUUGUCCCAAGAACAAAAUUCCCCUAAUAAACCUGAUAUACAGAUCUGA